AUGUCUGAUGAACAAGUCGAACAAGCCCCGGCUACUGCUCCGGUAGAGGAGAAGAAGAAAGCUCCGAAGAAGAAAGCCGCCCCAAAGGCAAAAAAGGUGGCCGACCAUCCGAAAUAUGCCGAGAUGAUUAAGGAUGCCCUCAAUGCCCUCAAGGAGCGAGGAGGUUCAUCCAGGCAAGCCAUCUUGAAGUACAUUGCCCAGAACUAUACUCUUGGAAAUGACGAGAAAGUCAUAAACUCGCACCUGAAGAUGGCACUCAAGGCCGGAGUUAAAAAUGGUUCCUUGAAACAAUCGAAAGGUGUUGGAGCAUCUGGUAGUUUCAAAAUUGGUAAUGGAGAUAAAGAAGAGAAAGAAACUAAACCUAAAAAAGUUUUAGCAAAGAGGGCAGCAACGACAAAAGCUGUCAAAUCUCCGGCUAAAAAAGUUGAGGCUGCUCCCAGGAAGUCUCCUAAGAAAGUCAAAGCUGCUGAAACUAAGAAAAAGCCCAAAGCCUCUCCAGUUAAAAAAACUAAACCGGCUGCAAAACCAAAAGCUGCCAGCAAGCCUCCUGCUGCCAAGCCAGCAAAGAAGGAAGUCAAAAAAUCUCCAGCUAAACCAAAAGCUAAAGCAGCUGCCAGCCCAGCCAAAGCAAAGAAGGCAGCGAAACCUGCUGCCAAACCAAAGAAAGCUGCUAAAAAAUAA